CUCGCCGGUCCCUCGGCCCCGAGCCACCGCCGCCUCCCGGGGCUCCCCCGGGCCUGUCCCGGCCCCGCACCGCCGGCCCUGGUGCCCCGCUCGGCCGCCGCUUUCCGCUUCCUGCGCGCGGCGCCCCUCGGGGCUCGUAGUCCCGCUGCGCUAUUCACGACGGUCCCUGCGCUGUCUCCGCGCCGCACGCCCGCGGCCGGGACGGGGCGCUGCGCCACGGCGGCGGCGUAGGGCGGGCGGGAGGAAGGGCCGGCAGGGCGGCCGGAGCGGGUGCGAGCUGCUCCGCCCGGGGGACGCGCGGGGCCGGGGGGACAGAGCGGCAACACGGCGCGUCCACCCCCAGGCAGCGUGCCCCGCCAGACAUCGCUGCGUUCCCAUCCGGCCCCUCGGGAGAUCCUGCCCUGUUGCUAAUUGUCGAGAGCUGUCCAGAGUCCUCCUCCACGCGAUCGUGCUCUGCUCCAUCCCGCUGUGCUCCCGAGGUGUGCCCUUCCCUGCUCUGAUGGCAGCUCCCACCAGGAUGCUGAGCAGCAGCGCCCGGCAGGGAGGGAGGCCAGUGGUGGGCACGGAACUAUAAAGUCGCAGCCAAAGGUUCUGAGAGCACGAGUGAAGAGUCUGAGCUGACCCAAAAGCUGUCUCCUGGGAGGACCAAGCUCCAGCUGGAUGUCACGGGAAGCUCUGCGAGCUGGAGUCCAAGGGGAUGCUGAUUGAGGGACCAAAAAUGUGAGCUUGGGACAGCAGCUGCUCCUUCCUUGGUGUGCUCCCAGUGCUCGGUGCAGGAACCUUCUAGCAUGCUUCUCCAGCCGGGCCACUCAGCGGGUGCCAGCAGUGGCCGUUCAGGACCAGGGACACCAGGCUGACCCUGCAGCGACUGGCACUGGACCUGCCAAGCAGGAAUUGUGUUGGUGCUUCUGGAGCAGCUGAUCCAGAGAUCUGCUCUUGGAAAGGUCCCCAGUCUGUCCAGUUCCAGUCCUACUGGGGUGUUAAUGGGGAACAGGAAAAGAGCAAUGUUUUAUUUUACAUAACCGAGCUUCCUUUGUCCAGCGUGCUGGGAUCUUUGCAGCAGCCCAUGCCGCAGCGCCUCGCCCGUUCCACCUGAUCUGCCCAUGCCACUGGCUUGGACCUAACCUAGGCUCAAUCUCAGCGUGGCCUGGGCAGAGGGGAACCAUGGGGAGCUCUGCCUCAUCGCUGGCCGCAGAGACGGAGUCGGACCAUGGCUUCGGUAGCUCGCCCUACCCGGGGCACCCGGCCGUGGGCUGGUAUAGGAGCAGUCCCGGUGGCCCCGUGUGGCAAAGUGCCCUUAUAACGCGGCAGCACCAGCACUUCCAGCACCGGCUGCGAAGCCACUCUCACUCUCCCGGCUCCAUGGCUGCCGUCCGUGAGUGGUCCUGCACGCGCUGCACCUUCCUGAACCCCGUGGGCCAGCGGCAGUGCUCCAUCUGCGAGGCCCCCCGCCAGAAGCCUGACCUCAACCACAUCCUGCGGCUCAGCGUGGAGGAGCAGAAGUGGGCCUGUGCCCGCUGCACCUUCAGGAACUUUCUGGGCAAGGAAACCUGUGAGGUGUGUGGCUUCACCCCAGAGCCAGGACCCAGUGGCUCCCCCUUGCCCGUCAUCAACGGCAUCUUGCCCAAGCCUGCCGUGCUGGUGGAGCCCAAGGGCACGUCCAAGGAGGAGGCUGCCAAGGCAGAAAGCAGCAGUGAGGACUCAGAGGGGAAGAGCCCCGAUGAAGCAGAGCUGGAGAGCGGCUGGGCUUGCCAGCGCUGCACCCUGCACAACACGCCCGUGGCCAACUCCUGCUCCGCCUGUGGUGGCCCACGCAAGCUCUCCCUGCCCAAAAUCCCACCAGAGGCGCUGGUCGUCCCUGAAGUCAUCACCCCGGCUGGAUUCCACAUGACCCCCUCCACCCCGCAGCCUUUAGUCUCCGCAGAGAUCUCUGAUGGUGAUGCCGCGGCCACCCAGGGCCCAGUGGCUAUGGAGCAAGAGGUCCAGAAGAUACCAGCCUUCAGCCCCUUCUCCCCGGGGCUCCAGAACAACCCUGUGCCCCGCAGCCGGCGGGAGGUGCCCCCACAGCUGCAGAUGCCGGGCCCCGAAGGCUCCCAGCCCACAGCCACGGGCGCCAUGGGGCAGAAGGGCUCUCCCCAGGGUCAGGCCAGGGCAGCCCCUGCCGCACGCUUCCCGGACCUGCUGUCCAACAAACGGCUGAGCGUGCUGGAGGAGGAGAUGGAGGUCAGUCCGUCCCACUGGAAGUGCAGCUCCUGCUCCCUGCUCAACUCUGCUGGGGCCAGCAAGUGCGAGGUUUGCAGCACCCAAAAAGGCAGCGACACCAUCAACGUGGUGGGGGACUCUGUGAGGUUCACCCCGUGCAGCCCCUCCAGCCCUGACUUCACCACCUGGUCCUGCUCCAAGUGCACCCUCAAGAACCCCACGCAGGCCCAGAAGUGCAAGGUGUGCGGCUCCUCCAAGCUGCACGGCUUCCAGGAGCACGGCCCGCCGGGCGAGCCGGCCCCGCGCUGCCCCGACUGCGGCGCCUGUGACAGGGCCGGCUGCUCCUGCGGCGCCAAGGCCCCGUCUGCGCGCAAGGUCGCCCGGCUCUUCCCGGCCCCGCUGCCCGGCGGGCAGGAGAGGCCAGGCCAGUGGGCCUGCCCCGCCUGCACCCUGCUCAACGAGCUGAAGGCCAAGCACUGCGGCGCCUGCCACACGCCCCAGCAGUACGUGGCCCAGCACAAGGGCCUCAAGCCGCUCAAGAGGAGAGAGAGCAUGCACGUGGAGAAGAGGAGGCAAACAGAUGAGGGCGAGGCCAAAGCCCUGUGGGAAAACAUCGUGACCUUCUGCCAGGAGAACAAAGUCAAUUUUGUGGACGACAGUUUCCCACCCGGGCCCAAGUCCGUGGGGUUCCCGGAAGGUGACAGCGUGCAGCAGCGGGUGAAGCAGUGGCUGCGGCCCCACGAGAUCAACUGCAGCAUCUUCAAGGACCGCUCGGUGAAGUGGUCAGUGUUCCGCACCCCGCGGCCCUCGGACAUCCUGCAGGGACUGCUGGGAAACUGCUGGUUCCUGAGCGCCCUGGCCGUGCUGGCCGAGCGGCCCGAGCUGGUGGAGAGGGUGAUGAUCACCAGGACGCUGUGCCCCGAGGGCGCCUACCAGGUGCGGCUGUGCAAGGAUGGCACGUGGACCACGGUGCUGGUGGAUGACAUGCUGCCCUGCGACGAGUGCGGGUACCUGCUCUUCUCCCAGGCCCAGAGGAAGCAGCUGUGGGUGGCCCUCAUCGAGAAGGCGCUGGCCAAGCUGCACGGUUCGUACUUCGCCCUGCAGGCCGGGCGUGCCAUCGAAGGCCUGGCCACGCUCACAGGGGCCCCCUGCGAGAGCCUGAUGCUGCAGGUCAGCUCCACUAACCCUCGCGAGGAGCCCAUUGACACUGACCUCAUCUGGGCCAAAAUGCUGAGUUCUAAGGAGGCUGGGUUCCUCAUGGGCGCAUCCUGCGGCGGAGGCAACAUGAAGGUGGAUGAUGUGGCCUACGAGAGCAUGGGGCUCCGACCCCGGCACGCCUAUUCCAUCCUGGACGUGCGGGAUGUCCAGGGCUUCAGGUUACUGCGCCUGCGGAAUCCCUGGGGCCGCUUCUCCUGGAACGGCAGCUGGUCGGACGAGUGGCCGCACUGGCCGCUCCCUCUGCGCCACGAACUGAUGCCCCAUGGCAGCAGCGAGGGCGUCUUCUGGAUGGAGUACAGCGACUUCAUCAAGUAUUUUGACUCCGUGGAUAUCUGCAAACUCCAUUCGGACUGGCACGAGGUGCGUGUGCAGGGCGUGUUCCCCAGCAAGGCCAACGGGCCGGUGACGGUGACGUCGCUGACGGUGUUGGAACGCGCAGCUCUGGAGUUUGCCCUCUUCCAGGAGGGCAGCAGGAGGUCAGACACGGUGGACAGCCACUUGCUGGACUUGUGCAUCAUGGUUUUCCGGGCCACCUUCACCAGUGGGAACAAGCUGAGCCUGGGCCGGCUGAUGGCCCACAGCAAGCGAGCCGUCAAGAAGUUUGUCAACUGCGACGUGAUGCUGGAGCCGGGCGAAUACGCCGUCGUGUGCUGUGCCUUCAACCACUGGAGCGCUGCCCUGGCCGGCCCUGCUGCCCAGGCUUCCAGUCCCACCAGCAGCCGACCAGCCACUGAUUAUUCCAGCUACAUCCUGGCUAUCUACAGCUCCCGCCUGGUGAUGGUGGAGCAGGUGGAGGCACAGCCCACCACGCUGGCAGAUGCCAUCAUCCUGCUGACCGAGAACAAGGGCGAGCGCCACGAGGGCCGUGAGGGGAUGACCUGCUACUACCUGACCCAUGGCUGGGCAGGGCUCAUCGUGGUGGUGGAGAACCGGCACCCCAAGUCCUACCUGCACGUGCAGUGCGACUGCACCGACAGCUUCAACGUGGUGUCCACGCGCGGCAGCCUCAAGACACAGGACAGCGUCCCCCCCCUGCACAGGCAGGUGUUGGUGAUCCUGUCCCAGCUGGAGGGUAACGCCGGCUUCUCCAUCACGCACCGCCUGGCGCACCGCAAAGCCACCCAGGCCUUCCUCAAUGACUGGAUGCUGACAAAGGGCACCCACAACCCGCUGCUCACGCCCGAGGUCGCUGGGCUGCAUGGCCCCCGGCCCCUAUGACGAAGAGCCUCCCCUUCCCCGCCCUGCUGCCCCGUUCCUGUCACCGAGCCUCUGGCCCGGAGUGCCCCCAGCGCUGAGCUGUGGGGCAGAGCUGGAGUGGCAGCUCCAGCGCUUUGCCCCACGCCGCGGGGCCGGGGCGAGUUCUCGGGGCCAGCACCAGCCCUGCCCGCUGCCCUGGCACCGCUGCCCCCACGCACUUUACAAGGAGCGGCUGGGGGCAUGGGCCAUCUCAGGAUCCCACCUCCCCGGUCCUGCGCUGGGCCCGGUGCCCUCUGCCCACCCCGGGGGCUGGGGGAGAGGGGGGGGCUGGAGGUUGCUGUCAAGACCCUUCCCAGGCACCACGCUCAGGACUCUGCCCCUUCCCGUGGCGCCAGGGCACUGGCGCUGCAAAAAGCAGAAUAUACCUCUGAUGUCUGUCCGUCUGUGUGAACCUCCGUCUGUGCCCAGGCCCUUCCCGCUGUCUUGUUGCCCCCUUUGUCUGCUGCCGGGACCAGCGUGGUGCUGAGGUUGGGCUGGGGGGUGCCAGGGUCCCACUGCCAUGGUGCCACCCAUGCCAGGGACCCCCCACCCAUCCUGGGUGCUGGGGCUGGUGGGGAGAGGGCACAGGGUUGUUGCAGAAAGCUGCUGCUGAGGGGGUUUUGCUGUAAUUGGGGUGGAACUCAGCUCCAGGCGGGGAGCAGGACCUUGGGGUGCUGCUGGCGGGGGCUGCGGCCCGGGGCCGCUCUCCCUGUCACACACGUGUUACUAUGCAAAGGCGGCCGGUGGGAGCAGUGCCUGGACAGAAGCCAUGGCCCGAGCUGGGCUCAGCCCCCUGGCACUGCCCUGUGGGCCCCUCCUGUGCCCCACUGAGGGAGGGUGGGCAGCAGGUACAGACCCGGGGUCAGGGAGAAGUUCUCUGGGGUUACCACGAGUCUAUGUGCUGGGGAAGGGGUGGUUUUGGGGGUGAAGCAGAGAGCCCCCUCCUCCAGAGCCCGAGUGCUGUGGGAGGCAGUGAGCACAAAGCAAAGGCUGCACCUCAGGGUGCUGCUGGCCCUGUGGGUGCUCCGAGGUGGGGGCUGAUCCUGGGGGGAGCUGCACCCCACGUUUUCAGGGCAUCGUGGCUCUCUGACUUGACGUGUGAGCGUGUGUGUGUGUGUGUGUGUGUGUGUGUGUGUGUGUGUGUGUGUGUGUGUGUUUUGGGGGUUCCCCUGUGUACCGUCUCCUUCCUGAGCUGUGUGGACUUACAGCUGAGGGGGGACGAUGGGCGAUGCUGGACCCUGUUCUGGCAGGGACCAUGCUGGGGGGUCCUGCACCCCAAAUCCUGCACCCCAAACCCUGCACCAGCAGCUGGGCUGGGCAGGGGGUGCGGGGCUCUGUCCCUCUUUGUCCCCCAGGGAUGGGGGUGCUGGGGGGGUGGGCUGCCCUGGCACCCUCCCAGCUCCCCCAGCUGGGGCUGCUGAGCCAAGCUCUGUCUGUACUUCUGUUUGUUGGUCUGUUUUCUCUCUUUCCAGCUCCUCCCUCCUUGGGAUGAUUUGUCCUUCACUUUUUUUUUCCUCCUCUCUCUUUCUGUCUUUCUGAGCUGUGAAUAUUUUUAACCCUGUAAAUACUGUCCAGCUCUUCAGAAUCAUAGGAUAUUUUAUCAAUUGUAAAUCAGAUCAGUAAUCCCUGUAUGAUAUGAAUUAUCCAUGGGUGGUUUUCAAACUCAGGUUCUGACGGACCAAAUAAAGUUUUGUUUUUUACUGAA